AUGAAUGGUGAAUAUACUUCUCAGUACCUUCAAACGAAUGGAAAUAGUCCCUUCACGGAAGCUGUUUCACAGCAAAUGAAUAUUAGUUAUGAAACGCAACAACACCACUCUACUCUCCCCUGGAUGGGUUCCGAUCAGCAACUUGCUCUCAAUCACACAAUGAUUUCAGGAGCUACGAUCGCACCACCGACGACUUUGAAUGCUUCUAAUGUUGUCACAACUCCAUCCAAACCUCUUUAUCAUGCAUCAAACUCUGAAACAAAUAAUAACUUUGUACAAGCACCGGUUGUCGGUUCAAACGUCAGGAAACCGAAUACCGUUAAGCAGGAAAGUAGCGCAAUUACGAAUGCAGACACGCCUGUUACAACAAUUGGAGGAAUCAUGAUUGGAUCAAAUAACAAUAGAUCUCCGGAAUAUGUCGACUAUACCCAAAAAUGUGUGCAAGUGAUACUUGAGAUAAAUUACGAAUUGAUUCGUGUAUGUAUUGAUUAUCAAAGUAAUGGAUCGGUUAAUGACCAAGAUCUUGCAUUGUACAAAUCACGUCUUCAAGGCAAUUUAUCAUACUUAGCAACUGUUGCAGAUGAGUAUAAUGGAAACCCUCGUAAUGAAAUAAAGCAAAAGGUGAUCCCUGAUUUAUCCACUUUACCAAUACCUCGUAGUAGCUAUGGACAAAAGAUAAAUACCCUUCUUCAGCGAGCUGUUCAGAUUUUCGCUCAAAAUAAAAAAUAUCAUAGAGCAAUACCUGCAAAUUCUUCCACCGUUAACAACAAUGUUUCUAACAUUAACAAUAUUUCUAGUACUUUAUCGUCUAGUCAAAUGUUGGAUCCAAGUUCGCCAUCUCCACGCCAACUCAAACAGCUAAUACCACCGCCUCAACAACCACAUACUCCGCAACAAACUCAUCAGCAACAGCAAAAAUCAUCUUCGCAACCUCAACAAACUCAGACACAGCUACUCCAACAACAAACAUCACAACAAUUGCAUCAACAGCAACAGCAGAAUUCUCUACAAUCUUCAAAUCGGUUCACAAAUUCAAUGAUACCAACUGUGACUAUCGCUACAGCAUAUCAACAACAACAACACACCAAUUCUCAACAUCAGAACAUGGUGGCAACAAGUAAUAUUUCUGAUUAUUCGAUGAUGAAUGCAACAAAUCCAGAACAAUCAUAUCCGGUGUCGUUACCACCUUUGGGAAACAUAUCAAUUGGAAAUACGGGUGUCGGGAACGGAGGUAAUGGAAAUGCACAGGGAUCAGGAAUACUACCUUCUAUUGCUGGACUGGGAGAUCAAUACGGAAUGCCAACAGCUCAACAACAGCAGCAGCUUCAACAGUUACAAAAUGUUGGAUUUGCUGGAUUCGGAGGUACUGGUGCAGGAAUAAGUGGUACUGGAUUUGGUCCCGCAAAUACUUUUAGCAUGAUGCGAUACCCAAGUACCGGUGGAAAUGGAAUGGGAAAUGGUUCAAUGACUGGAAAUUCAUUGUCUAGCACUGUAUUAAGUGGUGGGAAUAGUUUAUCCAAUAGUCUAGGAAAUAACAAUAUUGGAAUUAAUGCUAUUGGUAGUAAUAGUUAUGGAAGUAAUACCAUUGCAGGAAAUACAUUAGGUUUACCAAGUAUGAUGAAUCAUGAUAAUAGUAUGGGAUAA